AUGUCGUUCGAUAGAGAUGUGGACUCCAAGUUGAGGUUUAGAACCUCGAAAAAACUGAAAGUUUACGGCUCUUUUGAAGCUAUGAAACUCAAAGACUCACUGCUGAAGGGCAUAUAUUCGUACGGGUUUGAAGCUCCGUCGGCGAUUCAGUCACGAGCCAUUGCACAGAUCAUUUCUGGACGUGAUGUGAUUGCGCAGGCACAAUCAGGAACCGGUAAAACGGCUACUUUCACGAUUGGAAUGUUGCAGGCGAUAGACGAUAAAUCCCGAGACUUGCAGAGCAUGAUUCUGUCACCAACGCGAGAAUUGGCAAAACAAAGCUCGCAGGUCGUGUCAAACUUGGGUGACUACAUGAACGUUACCGCCCAUGCGUGUACGGGCGGCAAAACGGUGCAGAAUGACACCAAGGUAUUAGGUAAGGGCUGUCAAGUCGUGAGUGGGACACCCGGAAGAGUCUUGGACAUGAUCAAAAGACGGAUCUUAAACACUCGUAACGUCAAGAUGCUGGUGUUGGAUGAAGCAGAUGAAUUGCUCAGCGAGAGUCUUGGAUUCAAGCAACAGAUUUAUGACGUUUUCGCGUCAUUACCAAGAGCUGUACAAGUCGUAGUGGUGAGUGCAACGAUGAACAAAGAUAUCAUUGAGAUUACCAAGAAAUUCUUGAGCGACCCGAUCAAAAUCCUGGUAAAACGUGACGAGAUCUCGCUGGAGGGCAUUAAACAGUACUACGUUGACGUUGACAAAGAAGAUUGGAAGUUCGAUACGCUAUGUGACCUGUACGAUUCUUUGACUAUCACGCAAUGCGUUAUCUUUUGCAAUACCAAGAAGAAAGUCGAUUGGCUUGCGAAAAAACUGUUACAGGCGAAUUUCGCUGUGGCAUCGAUGCAUGGCGACAUGCAACAGGAAGAGCGUGAUAAAGUCAUGAACGAUUUCAGGUCUGGAAGUUCUCGAGUUUUGAUUUCUACUGACGUUUGGGCGCGUGGUAUUGACGUGCAACAAGUGUCGCUUGUGGUGAAUUACGACGUACCCGAAGCGCUUGAGAACUACAUACAUCGGAUAGGGAGAAGCGGAAGAUUCGGACGUAAAGGUUUGGCAUUGAAUUUUUUGACACGAGACGACAUGGACAAAUUACAUGAAAUUGAACGGUUUUACAGUAUCAAAAUUCGACCAUUACCGGCAAACAUUCGCGAUAUUGCUUAG